ACCUGACAUCACUGUCGAAAUGUCGGAAUAAUCAUCAGAUAGAGCAGGAGUGAUCUUGAAAUAAAUUGAACAGUGUGCAGUUGAAUCCGACAUUCUGUUAUCGUAGUCCACAGCGUGCAUAGCCAGGGAGUAAACACGAAAUUUUAGAUUGAUCAAAAUGGCGGUACCCAAACUCAAAUUGAAUGCUGGCAUUGAAAUUCCACAAUUGGGACUUGGCACGUGGAAGUCAAAGCCUGGUGAAGUUACCCAAGCUGUAAAAGACGCCAUUGACGUCGGUUACCGUCACAUCGACGGUGCCCACAUUUACCUCAACGAAAAAGAAGUCGGGGCCGCUCUAGACGCCAAAUUCAAAGAUGGUACCGUCAAACGUGAGGACGUUUUCAUCACCAGCAAGUUAUGGAACACCUUCCACAGCCCCGACUUAGUCGAACCAGCUUGUCGCAACACCCUUGCUGAUCUAGGUCUGGAAUACCUCGACCUCUACCUUAUCCACUGGCCAUUCGGUUUCAAAGAAGGCACUGAUGAAUUACUCCCCACGAAUGAUGAUGGUACCGACGCCGCUUCCGACGUAGACUACGUGGAUACCUGGAAAGCAAUGGAGGAACUCGUCUCCAAAGGCCUGUGCCGCGCCAUUGGUGUAUCCAACUUUAACCAGAGCCAAAUUGAACGUAUCCUGGCGGUGGCGAAGAUUGUCCCUGCAAUGAACCAGAUUGAAUGCCACGCUUAUCUUAACCAGAGUGAAUUGAGCAAGUAUUGCGCCUCCAAGGGUAUUACCAUCACAGCUUACAGUCCUCUGGGAUCUCCUGAUCGUCCAUAUGCUAAACCCGGUGAGCCUGCGCUGUUGGAAGACCCGAAAUUGCAGGAAAUUGCUGAUAAGUACAAGAAGAGUAUUGCGCAAGUCCUGCUGAGGUACCAGCUGGAUCGUGGACAUGUUGUCAUCCCGAAGAGUGUGACCAAAACACGCAUUGCUGAAAAUUUCAACAUCUUAGAUUUUAAACUCACUGAUGAGGAUCUGGCGACUGUGAAUGGUUUUGAUCGUAAUUGGCGUGUGUGCCCGAUGACAGGAUCUGCUGCACAUCCUCAUUACCCUUUCUAAGGAAUUCUAAGGAUGAAAUGCAAUAUUUAAUUGAAUGUAACAUUCAAAUAUAAAUCAAUUCGUGAUUUUA